CACAUCACUAAUCACCUUGUGUUUGACACUUUUGGACACUUGCUACAAAUUACAAAAAUAAAAAUAUUUACAUAAUUUCUCUUCAAUUCAAUUUUAAAUUUCUACGAAUAUUUUAGUGACUUGAAGAAGUGUACUAAAAUAAUAUCUCUCAAGUUCUUAAAGUGCUAUAGAACUACCCAUAUUUUUAACAGUAAACGUGUAGUGAUUGAAUGUUAAAUGGCUGGCACACUUGCGAGUUUCACGUAGUAAAUCAUCUAAUGUGAUAUCAAUGCGCUCUUCAGUGAGCUACAUACUGUCUCACGCGCCCGGAGAGUCUGUGAUGUCGCACCCGGACUACGCGCAGCACGCCCAGCACCACGCUUGCUUGUUGGUGCUCGUCAAAGGGAUUGGGGGCGUGCUGAAAAAUUUCAACAAGCUCUGGGAGCGGAUACAGCGUAUCAAUAAUGUUAAGGUCACUGAUUCAUCAGGUCAAGUGAGGGACAUCUGGGUUAGAUAUGUCAGAGAGUACCCUGUUGAAAAUAAUGACUGGGGAGACUUUCAAACUCAUAGGAGACUACUUGGCCUUAUAACAGUGAGUAAAUUCUCAAAUCAAGUAGAACUGAAUGAAGUAUGUCGGGUGCACGAAUCACUCAAAGUGAAGUACUCCAACACUCUAUAUGACUCGCGAGCAUUUAUGUUUGGUCCUGGCAGCAAUCUUAAAAAGCCAGAGCAAGAGCCUGAAGGCUAUAGUGUAUUUGAAGAUGAUAAGGCGAAAGAAAAAACUAAUUUGAGUGACAAGAUAUCUCUACCUAGUGAGCAAGCAGACAGCCUUUCAUCAUCUGAAAGUUUCCCAAGAUCUUUGUCAUCUAAUGCAUCAUAUUCAGUUCAAGAGGAAAACUUCACCACUCCUUCAAACUUCAAAACCCAUGCACUGUUCUAUGGGGAGAAUGACCCAGUGCCAGAUUUAGAGCAGCAUGUUGCAGAUCUUAUCAAUUCUUUGUUUUGGGUAGUAGAGUCCAAAAGAUUAGAGAGGUCAAAGGAAAAAUUAGAAAAAGUAUCUUUGCUGGUUGCACCAUUUGAGAAAAGAGAUUUUGUUGGCCUCGACAUGGAAUCUCGCAACAAUAAAAAGCGGUGCAUGGGCCGCGUCACCAAAAACCUGGCUGAUUUGACAUUGCAGGCUGGUCUUGUAGUGGAAGCCCUCAGUUUGUACCACUCUGCUGCAGAAAUACUUAAGUCCGUUACCGAUUGGCUAUGGCUUGCGGCUGCCAAGGAAGGACAUUGUGCAACAUCUGCGAUCCUCUUAUAUCCAAAUCUCAGAAAUCCAAUGCCUUUGCAACGCAAUGCAAGUUUACAGGAAAGUUCAACCAACAAAACGAAACCUCUGUCUCUCUACCAACCGUUACCAAAGUUUAAACUCCAUUCAUCCCCAUUACGAGCAUCAAAACCUUCCAGCCCAAUAAAUCCACCGAGCGAGUUAACUCCUUCGUCAUCCGAAAGUGUCGAAACAUCUUCAAGACAAUCCGAAACAGAUAAUGCCGAUUCUGAAUCGCUAGCAUCCUCAAGUGAUGUUGACUAUCACAGCCAAAAAUCCUAUUUAAGCCCUGAUCUCCCGUCCAUACCAAGACAGCCAUCCCAAAUCAAUAACCAAUACCUUCUAAAUGGCGAAGAAAUAGCCGAAAAAUACCGGAAGGCAAUCAUACAUUACAGCAAAUACCAGAACGCGGGUAUCAUUGAAACGGAGGCUUGUUUCAAGGCCGCCAGGAUCGCGGUCGAACAAAACAAUAGUUUGCACGCGUCUGGUUUUCUGCAGAAUGUUAUAUUCAUUAACUUGACUUUGAGCGAACAGGAGAAGAUUCAGAGAUUUGACACACUCGCUGAACUGUAUAAAGAGAUAGGUUUUCUCCGUAAAGCCGCAUUUUGUCAGCGGCUUGCGGCGACGCGGCACGUGAGCGCCAAUAACCCCAACCCCGACUGGCAAAGAUGCUACUAUCUCAUGUUGCACAGCUUCCCGGGGCACAAGCUUAGCCUUGACCCCAACUACGUCAUACAGCAUCAAGUUGGUUGGCCACAACUACAAAUUCAGCUAUUAGACGAGCUAGUCGUAGCGGCUCGCAGGAUGGGCCACCCGGCGCUCGCGACUAGACACAAGACGUUCCUGCUGCAGACCAUGUGGCCGCAUCUAUCGCGGAAGGACCAAAAAGAUAUGGCCAUACAAUUGCAGGCUCUCUCAGCUCAAUGCGAAGGUGGCCCAGUCCCCCUAGUGCUCGAAACAGGCGAAGUGAUCCCACCAGCCAACCUCACCUACGUACCAAGCUGCUCAUACUUCAGCCCGCGCCCCUUACCGCCCGCGAGAACGCCGCAUCUGAUCAAAUGCAAGGCCAAUCAGGGGCCCUUUAUAUUCACCCCCAUACACUUUGGAAGCCUAGAGAGGAAAACUAAAAAGGACGAAGGAAAAAUGGAAUAUCUUUGGGUGGAGGACGACAUAUGCGAAGUCCAAAUGAAAUUGACGAAUCCUUUGCCAUUCGAGCUGAAAGUGUCUAACAUGCGUCUUUUAACUUCUGGCGUUGUCUUCGAAUCCAUCCCCGAAACAAUUAUCCUCCCCCCAGAUUCCCCAACCACUGUCAACCUUCACGGGACGCCCAAAGAAAUAGGUGAACUGCAAAUAUUGGGGUACUCUACCCAUACUUUAGGUGUCAAAUCGAAUUGUAGACUUAAAAAUAUGCCAACGCCUCAUAGAUUUCCUGCUUCUUUCUCAAUCGAAGUCAUUCCAAGCCUCCCAACUAUCACUAUAGAAACCACUUUAUCCCUUUCUGGUAACAUAAACCUGUCUAAUCCGGAAAUAUCUGGGAGUAUUACUAACAUUUCCCUUUAUAAUGGAGAAAGCACUGAAUGUACAAUAAAGAUCACCAAUACCAGUAGUGUUCCUAUUGAAUAUCUAGAUUUAUCUAUUCAGUCAAACAUGGAUAGUCAACUGCAAUCCAAAGUAUUCCAAUGGUCAAAUGAGGAAAUUCAAUCCCAAUUACCGAUCAAGCCAAAUGAAGUAGCGACUAUAUUGAUGAAGUUAUACGGAGAAGCCGAUUUCUUAGACUUGGGCGGUGUUGGGGAGAACAUAUUCCCUAAUAGUCUGACGUCAAAUUAUCCUUCACGAGUGGGAUCGCCGGUACCGAACGCGCAAACAUCUUUGCCGACCCAAAGUUCUAACCCACAAAACUCUUUGAGCAGUGGACUUAUGGUAAACCGGACGUCUGGCAGUUUUAGGUCUACAAAUUCGCAGGCUACUAGUUGGUCAGCGCCUAUCUCAAUAAUGCCACCAUCUCGAGGUCGGCAAAUUGAAGCACAGCUUUUGAUAAGGUACUCAGGUGGCGUGGACAAAGAGAUGCACUGUCGACAGUCCACUCUUCAAAUGAAUCUCGAACUGUUACCGAGUGUAUCCAUCACGCACUGGGAUGUUUUGCCGGCGGAAAUUCCAAGUCAGCUGUACCUAGUACUAGACAUAACUAAUCUCACGAACGAAGAAAUGGAUUUCCAUUACGCGUCGAGCAAACACGUCCUCAUCGAGAGUAAGGAGUCGCGGCGAAUACCCGUGCCACUUGACCGGUGCCCGUUUACUGUCGCGCACACUAAAAUUGAGGAUGAAACUUUAGAACCAAAAAGUAUUAGCACAGGCAGUUCAACCAAUAGUCUGGAACUGAUGUGCUCGGACCAUUUGACUAGGAACGUAGACCUGCGAUGGCAUCUGCUGCAGUCCAACAUAACGGGGAAGGCUUCGGUCAAAGGCAUCACACUGUCACAGACCAUGAUGGAUAUUGUUAGAAUGUCGCCCUUGAACUGGGAAGUGAGCGUGAACAAGCAAUGCAUCAAGCCUCAAGAGGAGUACAGCUGUAUAGCGGGCGAAUGUCUCUCUCUCGGCGUGGCCGUGAGGAACCAUCUGGACAGGCCCUUACACAAGCUGUGCCUCUCUGUGCAGUUCUACCAGGACUACAACAAUGGCGUGCUCAACUACAAGCUGGACAACCGCGUCGCCACUGCGGGGAAUAACAAAGUUGUACUGUCAACCCUACUGGAAUCAGCAAAAGCGUUCCACGAGUGCACCGUCGUAUUCCUAACUCCCGGGGAUUACAAAAUAGACAUCCAGUGCUCGACCACAGAACCUAUUCUGGACGAGGCACCGCUCGUCAGGGACAGCCAACCCAGUGUACAGUCGUGCGCGGGCGAAGUCAGUCACAUCUGGAGAUUCAUCCCACCUGUAGCAAUAAGCGUCACAGAUUAAAAAGAAAAGUUAUGUACAGUUAAAAUGGGUAACAUUAGCACUAAUAAUAACAAUUAUUAUAAACAUUAUGCCAUUAUGUUGUAUAUUAAUUUUUAUUACUUUAUUAUGCUUUUACAAAUGGGUCGGACCGAUCAUGAAUCAUUAUUCAGUUUCAGUUUCGCUAAUCAUAUUAGUCUUUUAUUUCACUAAAUGUUACACACGGCUCUAAUGUUACCCACCAUGACUUCAGACUAAACAAUCUUAUUUAUUCGACCUAGACUAUUAUUAAUAAAAAUAUGAUUGAAACGUUUUAUUUAUUUAUAUUAAGUUAAACAGAAAAAUAAAAACUAUGUUUUGAAAUGAAA